GGUGGCUUUGAAGCUUCCUCAUUCUCACCCUCAAGCCCCCUACUCACCUUUCUCUCUCUAUAUAAUCCCAUUCCACUCUUCUCUUACUCUUCAACAAACACACAUACCUAAAUACUCUCUCUCUCUCUCCCUCUCUCUCUCUCUCUCUCUAUAUCUCUCUAUAUCUCUCUAUCUCUCUCUCUAUAUCUCUCUAUAUCUCUCUAUCUCUCUCUCUCUCCCUCCAUAGAAUUAUGGUCUGUCAGAAAAAGCUGGUUGAUGAAGUCUCAGGGUGGCUGAGGAUUUUCGACGAUGGCUCUGUUGAUCGUACCUGGACUGGACCUCCUGAGGUUAAAAUCAUGGCAGAGUCUGUGCCUCCCCAUGAAGAUUUUCUGGACGGAGUCGCCACCCGUGACGUGGUUGCUGACCCUAACUCCGGCCUUAAAGUAAGGAUCUAUCUGCCGGAGAAGAAGGCUGAUUCCAGCUACGAUAAGAUGCCGGUUGUCAUCCACUUCCAUGGGGGAGGCUUCUGCAUCAGCCGAGCGGAUUGGUACAUGUAUUAUAGUACGUAUGCCAAGCUAGCAGCUUCCGCCGGAGUCAUCGUCGUCUCCGUGUACCUCCGCCUGGCCCCGGAGCACCGCCUCCCUGCCCCCUGCCACGAUGGCUAUGCCGCCCUCCUCUGGCUCCGCUCACUCGCCCGAGGCGACUCCCACGAGGAGUGGCUUAACUCCCACGCGGACUUCACAAGGGUGUUCCUCAUUGGGGACAGCUCCGGCGGGAACAUCGUCCACCAAGUCGCUGCCAUGGCGGGAGACGCCGACCUGAGCCCGCUGAAACUCGCCGGAGCAAUCCCCAUCCACCCAGGCUUCGUGAGAGUCGAGCGGAGCAAGUCGGAGCUGGAGCAUCCGGAGUCGCCGUUCCUGACUCUAGACAUGGUGGACAAGUUCUUGAGCUUUGCAUUACCAGUGGGGUGCAACAAGGAGCACCCAAUAACCUGCCCGAUGGGGGAGGCGGCGCCACCGCUACAGGGGCUGAGACUGCCGCCGGUGCUGCUGUGCUUGGCGGAGAAGGACCUGAUCUUGGACACAGAAAUGGAGUACUAUGAGGCCAUGCAGAAAAGCGGACAAGAGGUGGAACUGGUGGAGAGCAGUGGAAUGGGCCACAGCUUCUACCUCAACAGGAUUGCAGUGAAGGUGGAUCCCCACACUGCCCAACAAACCCAGAAGCUUUUCGCUGCCAUCUCAGAUUUUAUCCAUAAACACUAGAAUAAUUAUUAUUAUUAUUAUUAUUAAUUUUCUAAAAAAUUCCAAGUAUUGGGGAGAAUGUUAUUACUUGGAUGGGUACGUAGCAGUCCUGUAAAAUGAAUUUAUAUAUGUAUGAAAGUCUGUAUGUGAUGUU